AAUAACGAAAGUCGCUAAAGACGUAGUUCGUGACAUUUUACCAAAAAAAAAAAAAAGUAAAAAUUCUUGAAAAAUGUUAUCAGCUGAGGACGAAGAAGAGCUCAAAGGCUUCGAAGCGCGCGUUGAUGAAGUCAUGGGAAUUUUAAAUCUCAUGCAAAGUAACGUCAAAAAGGAUAGUGAAGCGGCAAUUGACAUGGCGGACAAAUUUCUCAACGGAACUCCCGGCUUAAAAGACAUCAACAUCGACGAAUGUAUCGUUCGCGUGACAAAAGAUCGAACUGUCAUCAAUAAAAAUGCCAGCGACCCACCCGAAGAAACCUCUCCAGCGACAAUGGAUCAAAAAGCGUUCAUGGCAACUGUCGAAGCUGAUGCGAAACGUCGUUUCCGUGAACGCAAAGAACGCGAAAAGAUCGCUCAAGGACUUCGCAAGGUCGGCAAUCAGGCAUUUCGUAACGGCGAAUUCGAAAAAGCUGUCAAUUGUUACAGCAAAGCCAUCGAUCAGAUCCGGGAUUGUCCGCAACUUUACAAUAAUCGAGCGCUGGCGUACAUUCGACUCGAACUCUACAAACGAGCGAUCAUCGAUUGUGACUUUGUCUUGGAUAAACUCGAUGAUAAGAACUUACGAGCGUGGCUUUAUCGCGCGAAAGGCUAUCAUUGUCUCGGGGAAGACCGGAAUUAUGAGAGAAGUAUUGCGGAAGCGAAAAAGUUGAAUCCGAAAGAUGUCGCUUUUAUCGAAGAUAUUGUCGCAAAUAUCGAGGGAGAGAAAUUGAUGCCCGAGUCGGAUACUUCGAGUGAGGCGGCGUCAGAUGGAGAUGUCGUUGCUAUGGAUACAAAUUAA